CUCCUUCCUUGGGGGUUUUUAAACAGAGGCUGGAUGACCAUUUGUGGGAGGUACUUUGUGCUUUUCCUGCAAGGUAAAGGGUUGGAGUGGCCCCUGUACUCUUUUUCCCACUCGAGGCUGAAAUGGCCUGGCGAGGCGUGGGUUUCCCGCCCCCGCGCGGCCUGGUCCGGCUGUCAAUCCCAGGCCCCGCAAGCCCCGCCCCUUCCCCAGGCCACAGGGACGCUCCCGUGGAGAGUCCACGCCUGCACGUCGCCUCGGCGCUGCCUCCGUGUUGCCAGCCUGGGCUGCGUGAGCGGAGUCGGGAGCCGCCUUGCCUUGCCUUGCCUUCCCCGCGUGGGCCCGGGCCCCUCUGCGUCGGAAGGAAAGGGGUCUUCCUCUUUGUGGGCGCCGGGCAUGGAGGCCGGGCUCCUCCGGGCCCUCCUGGCCCUUCUGCCCUUGGCCUUCGGGGCCGGGGAGCCGCCGACUGAAGCCAUUGAGAAAGAGGGACUUGGAAAAGCUUCUCAGCUGCAGAGCUCCCUGGACUCAAGACAACCAGACUUGCCUAAACCAACGAAUGUUACUGUAGAAUCAUAUAAUUUCAAUACCUCUGUACACUGGGAUUACAAAAACAUAACACCAGCACCUCGCUUUAUUGUAGAACUCCUAUGCUACAAUUCAGGUAGUGAUUUCAGGAUCGUUGAUAGUUGUGUGAAUAUAUCACAACACUAUUGUGACCUCACCUACAAAGUUGAAAAGUGUGAUGCAUUCUGGGUUAAAGUUAAAGCUGUUGAUGGACUGCAGGAAUCUAGCUAUACAGAGCCUGUCUUUUUUCGUGUAACCACCCAUGGUCGAAUGGGACCACCAAAGCUCAACCUCCACAUUGUGGAUCAUGAAAUCAAAGUUGUUUUGAUACACCCUCUCACUCCAUAUUACAAGAAAAAACCACUUAGUGUACGAGCAAAACUUGAGGACUUCAGCUACAAAGUGUCUCUUUGGAGAAAUGGAAGUCGAAAAGUGUAUGAACCAGAACCAGAAGAAUGCACAAACAAAAACUGCACCAUAGAUAUUCCAGUUUCUUCAGAGAAUACUUUGCAUUGUGUUUCAGCUCAUGGCUUUUCAGAAAUCUACACUGUGAAAGGAGAAGAAUCAAAGGAAAGCUGUAUCAAUCUUCCAAUUAAACAUAAAUCAGAUUUAAUCAUAAUCAUAAUCAUUGGGGUUUUGCUCUUGGUUUUUUUUGUGGCGGUUCUUGGAAUAAUCUUCAGAUGUAUGCAGAAGAAAAACAUUAAACUUCCAAAACCUCUGGUUGCUGUGGUAAAGAAUAAAAUCAACAGUUUUGACACAAAUGAGGAACCCAAAAAUUUCUCUUUAAUUUCAUCAUUUUCUAAUGAAGUUUUGCUUUUGAAUGAAGAGGAAAAAUCCCUGGAGCAAGUGGAUGUAGUAGCAGACGUUAAAGCCACUGAUCUCAGUACCUCUAACAAAGAGAUGGAUCCUUAUGAUUCCGAAGGCGCUUUAAAUAAAACAGGAGGGAUAAGUAUCCAGGAAGAUGUGAUAGUGGAGAUCUCUGAAAGAGAGAAAAAUCCUGAAGAUAGUGAAAAUUAUUCUAAAUCUAUCAGUGACCAAGAAGAAAUGGAAAACACUGUUCCAUAUGUAGAUCUUCCCAAAGAAGAUGUGCUGCCACCCACUCGCUGCAGAAAUAUAUCUGGGUAUGACAAACCUCAUUGGAAAGACUCAGUUUCUGAAGUAGACUCGAUGGUUACAUAGGCUGCCUAAGACCUGUACCAGAUACUUCUAGGAAAACAGCACUGAAAACCAUUAGCAAGCACUUAUAUAGCCAUAUAGGGUAAUGUCCUGUAAAUGUUUGCAGUCCUGAUAGACAGUGAGGCCUUUGAACUUGCUGAUGACAAAGAAGUAACAGGUGGUUGGACAUGCUGUUCCUAUAUUUUACUAUGUGUAGAGAACAAAUAACCAUUUUGGGAGUGCAUAUUCUCAUGGUAAGGUUGCUGUACUGAAUCCUCAAGUCCUUUUCUUUUACUGUUUCUGUUAUCCCCCUCCUCAUCCCCUGAGUUUGACUUCAGGAGAUAAGAGACUGAUGAACACUGUCUCUUCCCCUGACAUGAAAUGGUUGGGACAUGUAGCAGACCCUGUACGCCCAUAGAACCACAGGAUAUAGACUUGGAAAGAACUCCUAAAGUCCACGGAGGAGCCAGUACUGAAAAUCCAUAGCUAUAGCAGCCCUCAGAGGUUGCCAUUCUUUUUAAAUGAAGAAUCUGUUCAUCUUCGGGCCCAGCCCAUUCCAGUGUCAGAUCCAUUUUAUUGUCAAAAGGGUUUUCCUAGUAUUUAUUCAGCAGGUUGUUCCCUGUAUAGUUGAAAUGAGCAGUCCAAAUUACUUUUCUGUCAUUCUUCUCUAGGGUAAACAUACUCAGCUCCUUCAGUUGUCUCUCAUUGAGCUUAAUUUCAUUCAGUCAUGUAAUGUUUCAUUAUUGGGUAUCUUUUCCAGCCACAUUCCUGUAUAGAAACCUAAUACGUCAAGAGCAUAUUUUAUUCACUGCUAGUUUCUUGGUGUUUUUUUUCUUAGCGAGAGAGUAAAAUGCUAAAACUUGCCUUGAGCCAUGGCUGAGCACUACACUAGAGACAACCAGCAGAGACUUUUAGCUCUAGCCUUUGGGUAAACAGUCAUCUGUAACACGAAAAGGAAUGUGGAAAUCAGGAAAGAAAUCCCAUAAGGCCUUGUUUAUUCUUACAUUAUUGUGUGCACAGCUGAAGACAUUAUGAAAAUAGGUUAGCAAUAAUACAUCUAGCAAAUUACAAGACUAUUUCACUGACUGGAAGAAAGGCUCUUUAAAACGUGGUACUCAAAAGACACAACAUGCAUGCAGAGUUGUAGGGGAAAACACAGUGGAAUCUGAUAGAGUGACAGCAAAACAGCAGGUGCAUCAGACUCCUAAAUUAAGAGAAGAUUAUGCAUAGCCAGCUGUACCAUAUAAAUGCCAUUUGUAAUACUGCUCCAUGACUCUUGGUGCUUAUCAUAUGGUCUAGCAUCUGGUCAGCUCUGUCCUCCUCCUAUAUAUCUGCUCUAAUCAGGCAUGUGUUGUUGUUGCUGCUUUCUUGUGUUCAGUUUCUAUCCAAAUUGUGUUUAGUUUAUUCCUGCUGUAAAGAGCAUGAUGUGACCUGAUAAGGAACACUGAGGAGAAGGCUCAGCUAACAAAUAUGGACAAAAAUGCCAAAAGGGAAAUGUAACUUGAUACCAAAUAGGGGAAAAAUUAGAGUGUAUGGGCAACAGAAGUGGUAAUGUUCAUCGUCCCAUUUCAACCCAGUGCCCUGUGUCAAAGUGCAUGUGUCUCUUGGGAUUGAGAUGUACCUUGCUUUUCUGUACCUUCAACUAUCUUGCAAAUAAUUAAACCAUGCACAGUAGAAGCCAUGUUGCUCAGUUAACAGACUACACCAAGGACAUUUUAUGAUUAAGUAUGUGGUAUUGAAUGAUUGUCUUUGCUCUGGAAGCCGUCCUGAGUCCCUUUGGGGAGAGAAGGUGGGUUAGAAAUAAACUUUUUAUUAUUAUUGUUAUUGUUAUUUUUGGUUUCUUAGUGAUUUACAAAACAAGGGAGGAGUGUGCACUCCUCCUAUCAGUGGUAUGUCAUUUCAGGACUGUAAGGCCAUACACCUUUUCCUCCUUUGAUUCGCACUCAUUGAAAAAACACAGUGUAGGAAGUGUAUUUCAAAGUCUUCAUAUGCUCUUAAUUGUGACAAUGCCACAUGAGAUGUUGGUAAAGUGUUUGAAUGCCUUUGCAUUCACACUAUCAAAUAUAAUAACCCCAAGUGCCAAAUAAUGAGCCUUAGAAUUCUGUUCCAAUGCAUUGAAAUUAUUUUUAUGUAGUCAAAUUGUACUCAGAACAAAAUAUUGCCAGUAGAUGGCACUCUUACUCCGUGGUUCAAAUGACAUGUUAAGCAUUGCGUAUGGAUAGCAGUGGAUUCCCACUAAUGCUGGGAAGCUGACUACGCUUUGUUUUUACAGUGCUAACCUUGUAUAAAAAAUAUGGAAUUAUUUAUCUAAUAACAUGCAUACUAUAAAUUUUGUUUCCAGUAAAUCAUGGAACAGAGAAGUUUAUUUUGCUUUUGAAAUUGUAUUUGGAAAAUAAAGGAAGCGCUCUGUGUUU